GCGGAGCGGACGGGACGACGCGGAAAAUCGCGAAAAUUCAUUUCCUCUCGAGUGAAAAUUAAUAGACAUUUGCUGAAAAACGUUGUUAUUAAGUCGUUGAUAUAAUUUUUUGAGUUUGAUGUAGUAAAGUUUUAACUUUGUUGUAAAGUUUGGAGACUUUCGAUUGUGACACAUCUUCGUUGGAGUUUAUUAUGUCCUCGAGAUGAAGCAGCUCAAGUAGACACGAAUCCAGACAAUCAGAAUGUCAAUUAGGAAGGAAAAGACGAGGAGAUAUCAUGACAGCGAACCUCCGAUUAUGAUAUAGAUAGGACCAACAAAAGUAUGCAUACCGAAUGGGGCAACGAAACGUUAUACAAUGAGAGCAACGCUUACGAUAAGAGCCAAAAUGAAAGCAACGCUGAUCCGAUCGAGGACAUAGCGGUCCAGGCAGCCUUCUGCGCAGCGUAUAGCGUCAUAUUUGUAGUCGGACUGUUCGGUAAUGCCCUAGUCUGCUAUGCGGUGAUCAGGAACCGGGCGAUGCAAACUGUCACCAAUCUAUUCAUCACGAAUUUAGCUCUGUCUGACAUAUUGCUAUGCGUGUUUGCCGUUCCGUUUACACCUCUCUACACGUUCCUCGGCAGAUGGGUUUUCGGCAGCCUGCUGUGCCAUAUAAUGCCCUACGCCCAGGGCUGCAGCAUCUAUAUUUCCACGCUCACGCUCACGUCGAUCGCUAUAGACAGAUUCUUUGUCAUAAUCUACCCGUUUAAGCCCCGCAUGAAGAUUAAAACGUGCAUCGGUCUCAUUGUUUGCAUCUGGGUUUUCUCUCUCAUAGUCACGUUUCCGUACGGCUACUACAUGGCUUUCCACGACAUUUACUGCUCGGAGAAGUGGCCAUCGGAUCAGAUCAGGAAGGCUUUCGGGGCCGGCACCACCAUAAUGCAAUUCGUCAUACCGUUCAUAGUGAUGGCGUUCUGUUACACCUGCGUCAGUAUAAAACUGAACGACAGAUUGAAAUCUCGUCCGGGCAGCAAGAACAGUAAGAAAGAGGAUGCCGAGAGGGAAAGAAAGAGACGGACGAAUAGAAUGCUGAUCGCGAUGGUCACGAUAUUCGGUGUAUCGUGGCUCCCUCUCAACUCAAUAAACAUAAGCAGCGAUUUCUACUCGUUUGCGGAGGAUUGGAAGUAUUACAUGGUUCUAUUUUUCGUCGCCCACUUCAUAGCGAUGUCGUCGACGUGCUACAAUCCGUUCCUGUACGCAUGGCUGAACGAGAAUUUCCGCAAGGAAUUCAAGCAGAUUUUGCCGUGCUUGGGCGCUUUGGUGACGAAAAAGUCGAAGCGGAACUUCAACCAGUCGGAAAAAACAGGGAUGUAUAGAUCGGAGAAAACGUGCAACGGGAACGAGACUAUACAGGAAUCUCUCCUGACGUCGACUGUGAAUAAGGUGCCAUCGGUGCGGUAUAAGAUUCAGGACGAGACUAUGAAGGUAUAUCUAUACGACGAGGAGAAUGUCAGUCCAGAUGAAAAGCCGGUGGGAAACCCUAGUCCGGACGAAGACGUUAUCAACAUGUACAUGCUUGUAGAUAAAUCUAUAAAAACUUCGGAAAAGGAACCAAUCGUCUCUGCCCUUUAAAUUGUGAUACUGCCGACAUCACCGAACUACGUGUAUAGUUGAAAAUUAUACAUAUUUUUGUAAAUUAUACUUAGGAGAUGUCAGAUGUAUAAUAAUGUAGAUAAUAUUAUGUAAGUGUAAAUAAACUACUGAAAAGAGUUUGCACCGAUAAAGUUAUAUAACUAGUUUGAGCCCAUUGGCGCGAAACCUUUUCAAAUAAGUCGUGUUAUAGUUAUUUAAUUUAACUAUAGUUAAGUCAAUAAAGUUAAGAUUAAUAGUGUAUGUCUGCCUUGUAUAUUGUCAAUGAGAAAAUAGUGCAAUUCGAUGUUAUU